CUUGUUCCGUCUCCUUCUUUUCCUCGCGACACUUCGACAACUAACCGGUUCAAGUCGACAAAGCAGCCAAGAUGCCUCGCGGACCUAAGAAGCACCAGAAGCGCCUUAGCGCGCCUUCUCACUGGCUCCUGGACAAGAUGUCCGGAACCUACGCCCCCAAGGCCUCCCCCGGUCCUCACAAGCUCCGGGACUGCCUGCCCCUGAUCGUCUUCAUCCGCAACCGUCUCAAGUACGCCCUUAACGGCCGUGAGACCAAGGCGAUCAUGAUGCAGCGUCUGAUCAAGGUCGACGGCAAGGUCCGCACCGACCCUACCUACCCCGCUGGUUUCAUGGACGUCAUCGGCAUCGAGAAGACCGGCGAGAACUUCCGUCUCAUCUACGACACCAAGGGUCGCUUCACCGUCCACCGCAUCCAGGCUGAGGAGGCCGAGUACAAGCUCUGCAAGGUCAAGCGUGUUCAGCUCGGCAAGGGCGGGAUCCCAUUCUUGGUUACGCACGAUGCGAGAACCAUCCGUUACCCCGACCCCGCCAUCAAGGUUAACGACACCGUGAAGAUCGACAUUGCCACUGGCAAGAUCGCCGACUUCGUCAAGUUCGACACUGGUGUUGUCGCCAUGGCCACCGGUGGUCGUAACAUGGGUCGUGUCGGUGUCGUCACCCACCGUGAGCGCCACGAUGGUGGUUUCAACAUCGUCCACAUCAAGGACGCUAUUGACAACACCUUCGCCACCCGUGAGUCCAACGUCUUCGUCAUCGGUCAGGACAAGCCCUGGAUCUCCCUGCCCAAGGGCAAGGGUGUCAAGCUCUCCAUCGCCGAGGAGCGUGACCGCCGCCGUGCCCUCCAGUAG